CACUUUCACCCUCCAGUCACAUUCUUUACACUGUGGAUCUGUGAUGUCUGGCAAAUCAGACGAGUUGGCAGUGAGGUCAGUGGUGCACGUGUGAGAGUGAAACUCCAUCUUGGGAGAUCAGAGCUUGUCUCCACUGAGAGGCUCUCAUGGAGAUAAUCAAGAAAGGGGAUAAUGGAAAAGAAAACACCGCGGGCCCUGCUGGGGAGAUGACGAAGGAGGAUGUUUCAGAGCCUGCUGAAGGAGAUGCUGUACUGGGCUGCUUCACAAGAAAUGCUCCCCACCAGCGGGCGGUUAUCCACCAGGUGGCUUCUGCACCAAUGCCCAGUGACUGUGAGUUUUCCUUCUUUGACCCGUCUGAGCCGCAGUGCAGAGAAAUUCUUCAGGAUCCCAACACCACCAUACCUGAGCUGUUUGCUGUCCUCAGGCAAUGGGUACCGCAGGUUCAGAAAAACAUUGACGUCAUUGGCAUUGAGAUCCUGAAGAGAGGUUGUGGUGUGAAUGACCGAGAUGGAUUGACUGAUAUGAGCCUUCUGCACUACUGUUGUAAGGCUGGAGCUCCUGGAAUUGGUGAUGCAGAAACGGCAGCUAGUUUUGCCCGUCAGCUCCUCGCCUUGGGUGCUGAUCCCAACCUUCGUUCACGCUGGACUAACAUGAGGGCGCUUCAUUACGCUGCCUACUUUGACGUUCCCCAGCUGGUCGGUGUGGUGCUGCAGGCCUCUCAGCCUGGAGAGGUUGAUGCCACCUGCAGUGACUUUGAGUUUGGCACAGCUCUACACAUUGCUGCAUCCAACUUGUGCACAUCUGCUGUCAAACGUCUCCUGGAGUUGGGGGCUAAUCCAGCUUUCAGGAAUGACAAAGGGCAGUGUCCAGCAGAUGUUGUACCUGAUCCACUGGAUAUGCCGCUGGAGAUGGCAGAUGCUGCCGCCAUGGCCAAAGAGCUCCGGACUCUGCUGAGGCAGGCUUUACCAAGACCCAGCUCCCCCUCACCCCUCACACUUCAAGGCCAGGUCAUCCCUGCUGUCUCUGAUAAGGCCAGGAUGCAGCUUGCAUCCAUGGGAAUCCGACUCGGGGAUCGUGUGGUGAUUGCUGGACAGAAGCAGGUUGGGACGUUACGGUUCUGCGGCAGCACAGAGUUCUCUGGAGGCCUGUGGGCCGGAGUGGAACUAGAUAAACCAGAGGGGAAGAAUGAUGGCUGCGUAGCAGGGGUUCAGUAUUUCACCUGUCAAGUCAAACAUGGAAUUUUUGCACCCGUGUCCAAGAUAAGUAAACCCUUGGAAAAACAUAAAUCGAGCUCUACAAAGCCUCCUCUGCGCCCUCCUCGUCGCAUUGACGUGUCCCGCGUUACGUCCAAGAUUAACACAGGCAUUCUUUCCCGCUCCCUUUCGUCUUCAUCAUCUUCGUUGGACUCUCGUCAUGGGUCAGGUGGCCGACCUCGUCCGUUGCCUAGGCAGCGCCUCCCUGCCAGGCAGCGAAAGGAGAACAUCUCCCCUGGUCCCAGGAUGACACCAUCACCUGCACUCCACUCCUCGUUCCGCUCCUCAGCUCCUCCGACUGCAGGUUUCAGAAGUAGAACUCCCUCAGGAAGCAGCUCGUUGUAUGACGGCUCUGAGGUGCGACAGGGGGAGAGGGUGCUGGUGGCGGGACAGAGAACUGGUGUUGUUCAGUUCUGUGGAAAAACCAGCUUUGCUCCUGGUAUCUGGUUAGGCAUUGAACUGGACAAACCAAAUGGCAAAAAUGACGGCUCAGUGGGAGGCGUGAGAUACUUCAGCUGCCCUCCAAAACAUGGAGUCUUCGCUCCUCCGUCUCGUGUUCAAAGGAUCCACGGUUCCGUCGACUGCCUUUCAGAGCUCACCACCUCACGACUCAGCCAUCCAGUCAGCGGGACAAUUCGUCGCAGCUUCAGCACAUCAUCAGCCAUCGCCACACCAAAGGAGGGGAACAGGAGGAGCCCGGUUUCCAGAAGUCGCUCUACCCCUCACCGCCGUCGCUGGAGCACCCUGAGUGGCAGCAGUGGAGGACUUCCUGGAAGUGUGCCAGGAUCCAGUCUGACGUCUUGCUCUGACGGCCAGGUGCGCCUUCAUGUGGGCAUGCAGGUCUUCCUGACCAGCGCCAACGAGAUGGCGUUCAUCCGCUUCUUGGGGACCACGGACUUCGCCCCGGGGCUCUGGCUGGGGCUGGAGCUUCGAAGCCCAAAGGGGAAGAACGACGGGUCUGUGGGCAGCCACCGCUACUUCACAUGUCGGCCCGGCUACGGCGUGCUGGUCCGGCCCAGCCGGGUCACCUACCGUGGCAUCAACGGUUCCCACUUGGUGAAUGAGAAAAGCUGAAAACUGUUGAAAACUCGGGGUGGGUUGGAUGCAAAGAUCUUUGAGCUUUUUGCAUUCUCUGUGCUGCAGAACUUGGAGCUGAAUAAAUAGCUGCUUAUUAGUCUUUAAGGUCUAGAGGCAAAAAGCAUUUUAUAAACUUAAAGAUAAAUUUGUUUUUCAUUAAUCUCUCUGCACUAUUUAAUCUGAUUGCACUGACAAGCCUGGUCGUCAUAGAAUAAGAUUAGAUUGGGUGUUUGCAAAACAUCUUUUAAAACAAAGAGCUAAUUUUGAUCACAUUAGCUGGGAUUUUAUCAAAUAAUUAUGAUUUAAUUAAGGCUGUUUCUGUGUUAAUGUGAGUGCAUGUCAAUCGGGAGCAUGUUGAAUCAGAGAUUAUGCAACAGGGUCAUAGUGUAUGUGAUGUCAAAGUUAUUAUUGGUUAUUAUGAUUAAAAAUGUUCAUCUUAAUUAGGAUACAGCCACAUUAACAGCAUUUAUUCCACAGACUGUUAUUAGCUACAGAUAAAUGAUUCAGUUUGGUGUCAGUUUGCAUAUUUAACCUGGUUAGGGAUGGUUGGUAAUAAUGUGACAAAAAAUAUUUUCUUUUUUUGAAAUCUCUGCUGUGUAAUAUGUUUUUAUGCCCUAAUGUGUGGCUAGUAUGGUGGUCAGUAGAGUCACCACUGAAAGAAGGGAGUCGAGCCACUUAAAACCGGAAAGUGGACAUUAGGAAACUCCAUAUAAACAAACACUCAGCUGAGAUAUUGGGUCAUUAUUUGUCCUUUAUGGGUUAAUGGUUCCCAACUCUGAUUCUUGAUGCACAUUGUCCUACAUGCUUUCAAAGGAAUCAAGCAGGCUGCAGAUCCUUCUGCUCAUACAAUGCAAGAGCAUAUUCCUAUCAAAACAAAACUUCCUUUAGAUGUAACAUGCCUUUCCUGCCAUCAUAUGUUUGAAAAUGAAUAAACAUGGUUAAGGAAAAAAUGUAAGCCCAGAAUAUAUAGGAAAUAGUUAAAAACAUACAGUAACCACACGUUAUAGAAAGCACAUCUAGGUAAAAGAUAUUGACAUUUCACCAUAAUCCCAUACAGUCAAUAACACUUGAGAGAUAGAAGUGUUAUUGUGGGAAAUACUAGUUUGUCCAGAAAUCGAGUCCAUUUUUCCCAUGUUGUAGAAUUUGGUCCACAUUAAUGAAUAGUUUUCAUCCAUUACUGACAAGGCUGUAAAUGUUAUUUUUGACACAAUCAUAUCAUGCAUUUUUGCACAAGAAAAAGUAUUUUGUCCACCUUUUGUGAUCUUAACUGUGGUAAUCCAUAUAACAGUACUCGAGUAAAGUGGGUUUUCAUGGAAUAGCAUUUAAUGGGCCAAAAUAAUAUAGUAUGUCUAAUUAAAACCGCUUGACACUAGAACUAUAUAAUCAUCCACAAGUUUCAAGGAUAUAAGCUGAUUAGUGUGUCUGGGCAGCUCUUCAGAGAACGAGCCAUUGAUUGCGCAUGUGGAAAACAAGGCCUCUGUUCAGUAAAACACUCCUGGCCCGUCCAAUUAGAGCAUGCCGGCCACAACGGCAGCAGCAGAAUCUCCAGCGGCCUUCCCUCAUUGAUCUGUUUUGGUCAGGCCCCAGGUGAUUGAAAAGCUGAAGCUAAGGUUGUCUGAAAUGUCUGCAACAGAUGAAUGGUAGAAAAAAAAACAACAACAAUAACAUUCUUUCUAAAGUUGAAACAUUUCCAUCUCCACUCAGAAGAGCUUCUCCUUUAUAUUAAAGCCACCUUUGAUGUAUUCUCUUUUCACAUCUUUGUUCACCUAUAGUUUGUUGGAAGCGAAUUUCUGCACUAAUGAAAAGUCUUCACUGGGUGUGACGGAAGCGGUUCAGCCUUAUGAAUUUACAUGUUAAAACCUUUAAAUAAAAUAAGUCUUUCAUCA